GCGCGGUGGGCGUGAUCCGGGCACUUAGGGCAGGAUGAACGCUGCUUUCCAAGAUGGCGACGGAGGGAGGAGGGAAGGAGAUGAACGAGAUUAAGACCCAAUUCACCACCCGGGAAGGUCUGUACAAGCUGCUGCCGCACUCGGAGUACAGCCGGCCCAACCGGGUGCCCUUCAACUCGCAGGGAUCCAACCCUGUCCGCGUCUCCUUCGUAAACCUCAACGACCAGUCUGGCAACGGCGACCGCCUCUGCUUCAAUGUGGGCCGGGAGCUCUACUUCUAUAUCUACAAGGGGGUCCGCAAGGCUGCUGACUUGAGUAAACCAAUAGAUAAAAGGAUAUACAAAGGAACACAGCCUACCUGUCAUGACUUCAACCACCUAACAGCCACAGCAGAAAGUGUCUCUCUCCUAGUGGGCUUUUCCGCAGGCCAAGUCCAGCUCAUAGACCCCAUCAAAAAAGAAACUAGCAAGCUGUUUAAUGAGGAAAGACUAAUAGACAAGUCACGCGUAACCUGUGUCAAAUGGGUUCCUGGUUCGGAAAGCCUUUUCCUAGUAGCCCAUUCAAGUGGGAACAUGUACUUAUAUAAUGUGGAGCACACUUGUGGCACCACAGCCCCCCACUACCAGCUUCUGAAGCAGGGAGAGAGCUUUGCCGUGCACACUUGCAAGAGCAAAUCCACGAGGAACCCUCUCCUUAAGUGGACGGUGGGCGAGGGGGCCCUCAACGAGUUUGCUUUCUCCCCAGAUGGCAAGUUCUUAGCAUGUGUGAGCCAGGACGGGUUUCUGCGUGUGUUCAACUUUGACUCAGUGGAGCUGCACGGUACAAUGAAAAGCUACUUUGGGGGCUUGCUUUGUGUGUGCUGGAGCCCAGAUGGCAAGUACAUUGUGACAGGUGGAGAGGACGACUUGGUGACAGUCUGGUCCUUUCUAGACUGCCGAGUAAUAGCUAGAGGCCAUGGGCACAAAUCCUGGGUCAGUGUUGUAGCAUUUGAUCCCUAUACUACUAGCGUAGAAGAAAGUGACCCUAUGGAGUUUAGUGGCAGUGAUGAGGACUUCCAGGACCUUCUUCAUUUUGGCAGAGAUCGAGCAAACAGUACACAGUCUAGGCUGUCCAAACGGAACUCUACAGACAGCCGCCCUGUAAGUGUUACCUAUCGGUUUGGUUCAGUGGGUCAGGAUACACAACUGUGUUUAUGGGACCUUACAGAAGACAUCCUUUUCCCUCACCAACCCCUCUCAAGAGCAAGGACACAUACAAAUGUCAUGAAUGCCACCAGUCCACCUGCUGGAAGCAAUGGGAACAGUGUCACUACACCUGGAAACUCUGUGCCCCCUCCAUUACCACGGUCCAAUAGCCUUCCACAUUCAGCAGUCUCCAAUGCUGGUAGCAAAAGCAGCGUCAUGGAUGGGGCCAUUGCCUCUGGGGUCAGCAAGUUUGCAACUCUGUCGCUGCACGACCGGAAGGAGAGACACCAUGAAAAAGACCAUAAACGAAAUCAUAGUAUGGGACACAUUUCCAGCAAGAGCAGUGACAAACUGAAUCUAGUUACUAAAGCCAAAACGGACCCAGCUAAAACUCUGGGAACAUCCCUGUGUCCUCGGAUGGAAGAUGUUCCUUUGUUAGAGCCGCUGAUCUGUAAAAAGAUAGCUCAUGAAAGACUGACUGUAUUGGUUUUUCUUGAAGACUGUAUAGUCACUGCUUGUCAGGAGGGAUUUAUUUGCACAUGGGCAAGGCCUGGUAAAGUGCCGGCAGAGCAGUUCUGCAGGCAGGAGGACAGAGUGCAAGGUGUUCUCCAAGACCAGAACUAAAGGUGCGGCAGCUCCAGAAGAGGGCGCUGGAGGGCAGGGGCUCCUUCCUGGUGCCCUGCAGACAGAGGUGGUGGGCGUCAUGGGGUUGUGUCAUGAUGGUUUCUGAUCUCCAAAGAAUGAUGCACAGGGAGGGCUACCCUGCUUCCACAGUAGUCACCCAGAGAAAUUUGGGGAGCAUGUUUGUAGUUUCCUCACCAAACUUGGAGCUUCCUCAUCAAAACUUCCCUGUUUCUCCGUUGAGCAGUCUAUUUUUUAAAUAAUUUUUUUAAAAAAGAUUUAUUUAUUAUGUAUACAGUGUUCUGUCUGCAUGUAUGCCUGUAGGCCAGAAGAGGACACCAGAUCUCAUUACAGAUGGUUGUGAGUCAUUAUGUGUUUGCUGGGAAUUGAACUCAGGACCUCUGGAAGAGCAGCCAGGGCCCUUAACCUCUGAGCCUUCUCUCCAGCCCUCUGUAGAGCAUUUUCAUGAACAAGAAUGUCUCUGGUGGCUAGUCCCCGGAAUAAAAGAGCUUUUGGCAAGAAGAGGGUCCUACAGGCAGGAGUCCAGUCCCCAUGGUGUUGCCCCGCGAGGGCCCCGCUGUACAGGUAGAGCCUGCUGUCUGUCCUGCUCGCCCACCGCAGCUGCCAGCUGCACUGUAGCUGUGGUGAAUCGGCUCCAGCCUGGUCCCACUUUCCUCCCCCUGCCGUGCCCGGGGACUUAGCCAAGGGACUCGACCCCUGCCGUGCUGGCUCUGCACUUCUGAGCCACAGCCGGGCCCUUUGAGAGGCUUGGAAGUUGUGCCUUCUUUGAAAAGCAAAUGUCCCUGAGAGAUUGGGUGACUCCUGCGGCCAGUAAUUGGCCUCCAGAUCAGCCUCCAGGGAUAAAGAGCUUUAAGGUUGUCUGUUAUGCUGAUUGAGUUUAGUAGUGUUUUGAGAGCCACUUAGGUCAGGAUGAAGAGUGAAUGUUUUUAGAAAAGCCCACAUUCUGAAAUCAGGUGUGACAAGGACUAUAAAACUUGGCAGUUUCUGUGGGGGUGUGUACACAUCCCAGCCCAGGAUGUCCCCUCUGGCGUUUUUCUUAAAACACCCUGGGCCAUUUCUCCACAUCACAUUCUGAAUUUUUAAUAAAUUUAACAUUGAAUUUGUGCUAAAAUGAGUGAGCCUGCCUUAGCACAAUGUGUGUCCCUGUCGGUAAGGUCCUCUCACUUCUCGCUGGAGGGAGAUAUUUUCUUCUUUGUUGAGCAAGCUCAAAGUGUGAGGAGGAACAAGACACAGGACAUGUAGGGCCAGAAAAAGGUCCUGUGGAAACCCCAAUGCCACCACCAGUCUAUCGGACCACUUGAGAAAAACACUAGGACCAGCGUUUAGUGGUGGCUUUCCAGUGACUGAUGUUAGAAUGCAGGCUAUGCUGUGGGCAGUCAUGGCUGAAGGGGUCCAUGGUCCCUUAUGCCUCUUGGUUCAGAGCCAGCUGCACCAUUGAGGCUUGUCCUCUGUUGAGGUCUCAUCCGUCACCCAUGGAGCCUCCAUGCACCUUUCCAAGUAGGCCUGCUCCUGAACUUGGAAGGUUGGAGUUUGGUUUCUAAGGCUGAACAUCCGGGGAUGCAUGGGGGAGCCCCACACCCACCAGGCCGUUUCUGUCCAGAACAUGCUGUCUACUUGGGCUGACUGGACCACCACGAGCCGGCUUAGGUUAACAAGGUGCUCAUCAAAGUGUUGUGCCGUGUCCCAGGGAGAGGACGGCAGUGUGGCAUUAGUGAAGCCCGCGGCUCUCUGUGGAAAAGCACUUGUAUGCAACCGUUACCUUGAGACUCUGAUCCCAAGUUCAACUGUAAGAACAUGCUCUUCUGGUGGAGCAAUGUCACAUUGAUGCAGAACUUUUCAUUCAUGCUGCAACUGUUACAUUAUCUUUGUGUCAUGGCUCAAUUUCUGCCUCUUGAGUUAAAAGUGUGAAAGUCUUGCAUUUUAACUUCUGUGUACUUGGCUUUUAAAGAUUGUUAUUAGGUGACAUUGUGUAAAGUUGUAUGAGUAUUUAUCUUCAGUGAGAGUCAAGGUAAAUGUGUAUUUCCUUUCUUACAUUUUCAUCUGAUCUCUUCACAACUUGAAUACGUUUCCUGAAGAGCCCUCCUGCUGUGAAACACAGGACCCGAGCUCCUACUGUUGCAAUAACUACUGAAGUUGAAUAUCAGUGUUGUUACUCCUUAAUCCUGAGAACCAUGUUUCUGUUCAUUGCUUUGUUUUUUAGCUGUUCGCUUGUCACUGUCGCAGAAAAGAGACUAACCACAUACUUGACAUUCUGCAGUACUGGGGGCUCUCUCUCCUCUGUAUACUGACAUUGAAUAAACGUGUGAAUGCAUUGUAAAUGUAGAGAAUUUUCAAUAAGUCAUUUUCACAUCUAAGCUUUACAAAAAAGAAUCUCAGUGAGCCAAAAGAGAAAGCUGUUAAGUGCUGUAAAAUUAAGAGCCUCGUUAACUUUUCUAGAACUAAUAACCAUGGAAGCCACCUCUUCCUACUGCUGUGUGGACCGCUGACGCUGAGCUCCAGAGCCGCAGUUGUGUGUGAGCUUGUCUGGAUCAGGCCCUGGGUUCUCUUUGAAAAGGAUCCAGUGUAAUGUGAAUGUUAACUCUGGAGGGAGCUAGGCUCUGCAGCCACCUAGGCAGCCUAGGGAGCCAAGGACACUGUGGGCCUCUGUAGGAGCUCUUCCCUCUCAGCACACUCCCACCUCACCCCUGCUGGGCGUCUGGGCUGGGGGGUGGCUUUUGUCUUCACCUAGAGCCCAGUGCAACAGGAGUGACGGAGCAGGCAGCAGGCGACACUCCACGGGGGUCAGGCGGAUCAGCCCUGCAUAUGUCCCUCAGUACAUAGACUUCACCAGUCACCCCCAUCUCCAGAUGUUUACAUGCAGGAAUUACAGGUGACAUGCCGGGGUGACAUGGGGAGAGAGAGCUGGACCAAGGUGCUCCCACUUACCCGUUAGCUCUUGUUUCCUGAGACACUGGGUUCUUGCUUAGCUGCCUCUCCUCCAAGCUGCUGUGGUCCUGUGCUCUCUGCCUCGGAGCCCCCACAGAUAGUUCCAGGGUGUUUCCUUACUGCCUGACUCUGGGUGCAGAUCAGGUUGACUGUGUGCUGCCGUGCAGGAGAGCUGUUCAAACCUGCAGCUCAAAGGGACCCCCCCACACACACACACGAGCAGCACAGGGGGGCUUUUUCUUAGAAACUAAUUAGCUUUACAGGCCUAAAAGAGGCUAACGACGUUUUCUCCUUUGUUUAAAGAAAACCAUACCAUUUGAUUUUUUAAGACAUAGCUACUGUAUACUUGGUGUCCAGGGCUACCUGUAGAUGUGGGUGCCGUCAGUGUUGUAGUUAAUGGUUCUGUAGCAGCUCUUGUCUUGGAGCCAUGCCUCUAAAACCAGUCUCUGCUUUUGGGUGGACUCUGGGCAGCUCCUGCAGAGGGUAAGCCAGAGAAGAUUUCCUCUGUGGCAAACUUCAGGGCCCAGAGGGUCACGGAAUGAGGGCCUUAGCUGGCCCUUAACGUACAACCUCAAAGAAGCCUUCAGCCACUUGCACGGUUCAUUUUCUGUCUUUCCCUGGGUGUCUGUAAAGAGUUUGACAUUUCCCUUUUCUCACCAGAGAUCAGGUUGUGUAGCCCCUUUGUGCUGCCUUCAGUGUGGCCUCUCAGGGCUAGCUUGUGAACAAGGCCCACAGCCCAGCAGGACCCAGGGUCCCGGGACAGUAAGUCACGACACCGAGUCUGGUUGCUCUGACCUCUUUCUACAGAAGGGUGCUUUCUUUCCAGGUUUUCUCUGGUCUUUGCUGUAGACUGUGUGGAAUAGAGUAGUGAAUUCUUAGGCUCAGACAGAUAAGGGGAACACACCCAGGGCAAAGAGCAGAAGUCCAAGACAUGUCUUUGCAUGUACAGCAUCCGACCAGCUAUAAUCCAUCUCAGCAACAUCUGCCAGGGCAGGCAGGAAAAUGGACUUGUUCUUUGGUUGUUCUGGUUUCUAAGGCACAGUGUUGUUUUUAUUGUAUAUCCUGGUGAAAUAAGGCUUAAUUCUAUUAGCAUUGUAUUAUUGUAAAUUAGAAUCUAACCCAAACCCAGACCUGGAGUAUUUUGUUGUGUAAUUUUAAAAUGAAAUAUCCAGCAAUGUUGGCAAAUUUGGUGAGACCAGAAGAGCUCAGGUUCAAGAGUUGUCUUAUCGCUGGGACUAGGGUCUCUGCUGGAGAGACCUCAGUUUUGUGAAGCCUGUACAUAGGGCUAGGCUGGCCCAAGUGCACACACCCAGCAGUCACACAAGUUCUUCCUGGGUGCCAUCUCUAAUCUUGACUUGCCCAUCCCCAAGCAGAGAAAUCAGAGGAGGGAUGCAGAACCACCACACUCUGGUACGAGAGUGGCUCUUUGCCUUGACCCCGCUCGACACUGCUUCAGUGGGGGUGUGGCCACUUCCCCUUUCACCUCCCAGGCUUUACACUAUAGCAUGGACUAAUGGUGACAGGCUGGGGUGUAGCUUGGUGGAACUCAACCUCCCCCCAACCCCAUAAAGGGUAUAUUUUACAUUCUCUUCUUUAGGGGAACAGGCGUUUCAUACAGGGUCUCCUGUAGCCCUUGCUGUGGCUGCAGGCCUCUGCUUCCCGCGUGCAGGAGUAUUAGGCCUACACCACCGGACCCAGUGCCUCCACUGCAGAUUCUGCAGAGACACAUCCUAAGAGUAAACAGUGUGGAGGUCACUGUUCUAAUGACGAGUAACAAAGCCAGGCGGUCUUGAUCUGGGUGUUGGUGCUGGGCUAAGGCCCUUCCCUGCUCUACAGUUUUCAGUUUCUGGUGGCCUGUGCUGGCUUCACACAUUCUUCUAGGGGCCAGCAGGCCAGUGUACUCAGGAGCCUGUGACCUCAGGGUCAGGGAACUGGAGGCCAGGUCUAUCUGGUUCUCAUUUCACCUUUGCAAUAGUCUUCCUGUCUAUGGUGGAGGGCCCCGAGGUCCUGGCCUCCACUUAUGGCCAGGGCUGACAUGGCAGAAGUGAACCCCCACUGAGACAGCCCAAUUCUCUGACAUUUGAGUGGGAUUGCAGGAGUUGAAAGGUAGGUAGAUGUGAUGGGCUGGUUGAGGAGACCCGAGUGUGCUCACCUUGGCCUCGUGGCCAGGACAGUGCACAUGAUGGAGAGUAAGGACUCCUGAGCACACCGCGGACAAUGAGGGCCUUGGGCUAGGACAGGGCAGAUUCAGUGAGAGCUGUGUGUCACUGCGAGCUAGAACCCGGGAGGAAACUCAUCAUCCACAGAAUUGCAAGGAAAGGGCACAGAGGCCACCAGAAUGGGCAUGUUCAUUGUCAGGCUCAUGUUGACUCUCAUGGCAAUCAGGAAUCACUUGGCCACCAAAUAUCAAAGAUGGGGCCUGUCCAAGUUGAAAUGUGCACUGUUGCAAGCAGUGUGCUUCAAAGGCUCUUAACACCCGCCUCUGAGAGUUUUUAUUUUAUUAUGUACUGUAGUAAGUUGGGCUAUAUUCAGUUAAUAUUUAUUUCCCCUGGUUCCUAAGUCAUUAACUAUCAUUUAAAAUCAUACGCCUCCCAUAUGGUUGGCAUCACUUGUCCAUUGGCAGGCCAUGGCCAUGGCAACACCUACAGAGACAGGGCAGGCCACCUCUGUCUGCAGUGCUGCUAAAGGCACAGAAGUGGCUGCUGUCCUCGACCUCAGCUUGGGUGGACCAGGGCCUGUUUGCAUCUGCCUUCCCUCACUGGCGCGGUGGGUUUACAGGAGGUCUGAGGGGCGUGGCUCUUUGUGCACUGUCUGAACAAGGGUCUGAGGGGAUAAGAGCUCCUACAGAUGCAGAUCAGGCCAGUUGUUAUAUUCCAUCUGUUCUUGCCUCUUGGCUUUGUCUAGACCAAUAGAUUUCAACUCUGAUAAGAAACUGCGGGUCAGAUGGCUUGCAGUGGGCCAGCUGUUUCCUAGCUCCCUCCAGCAAGGUGUGGGGUGAAGCUGAUGACCCAUUUAUGACUGUCAGCCUCAUUUCUGCACGGAGUCUUUGAAAAUGUAGCAGUGUUUACUUAGCAUUAAAUGUCAUUUAUAAAUAAUAACAAGUAAAUAAUUCUUCGGGACGGCUAAAGGAUGUUUGUUUCCACGGAACCCCUACCUCCCAUUUUAGUUCUAAUGCUGCACUACUGUAAUCUUCAGAUUCCUCAGAAAUGAGCACCAAGCUCUGCCAUAACUGCCCGCAGAGUAGUGAGUGCUGAGGAUUGUGUGUGCCCUUGGCUCUGAGGCAGCUCUGAGGGCACUGGGAGCUGUCUUACCAUUGCAGCUGCAGGACUCCCCACCCAGGGCCUGAACUCCUCUCACGUACCGGUAGGGCCUCUUCACUGGAGGUCAGCUAAACUAAGGGAGAAGGAAAACGCCUUAAGUGCCACUAGACCCUGUGGUUUAGGAACUGGGCUGAGCUGACAAACCAGAGGUGGAGCUGGUGACCCUGUCUGCAGCUGCAGUAUCUGAGCUAUGCCUUCUAAAGGCUCCGAUGGUCCUCAGUAGACACUUCUAACUGCUAGCUGGUGUUGGGGCACAGAAUCUCAUUCCAGGCACAGGACAGUUCUCUGAGAGGAAUUAGCUAGGUGGAACAGAGAGUGUGUUAAAGCCUGGUUUCCGGCCCUUGGAAAGGCAUGCAAGCCUGUGAAAAACGCUGGCCAAGGGUGAGUGCCGGGGCUGUCUGCGCUGCCCCCGUGUCUUGCUGGAUUAAUGUAAACUGCUUUGU